AAUAGUACACGAGGAGAUGGCUCCCAAUAGAGAGAUCUUAAACUUCCCUAAAUGUAUCAUGGUAGUAGUUGGUGUAUGGCGAAACCAUUUAACAUCGAAUUCAAUUCUGCGAAAGCUCUACUUUUUCUACUCCCUGUGUAUUCAUAUUUAUAUGGUGCUCUUCAUAUCCUCCAUGUUCACCUGGGUCGCCGUCGGUCUGACUGGAGUAAACAAUUCAGCAGAAAAAAAAGACAAAAUAAGUUUGAAUAUUACUUAUUUAAUCACCAUAUUCACUAUCAUGCUCAAGGUUGUGCUUUGCCAAACGAAGAAUAUUCGACGAAUAAUCACGUUUGUGCAGGAAGAAGAGAAAAAGAUCAACGCGUCUGAGGACCCAGAAAUAUUGGAAACUCAUUUAGAACAAGUAAAGUUUUGCACCAAUGUCAACGUAAUACAUUUUAUUUGCCACUUGAUUUUAUUCGUAUUUGCUGUUGUGGAAAAUAUAGUGACCAGACUAAGCAUAGAAAGGCAUAACAAAGCAUACAAUGAAACUUUGAUAAAGCCAGUCAUAUAUGAAUUAUACUAUCAUAAUGUGGAUCCGGUAAAAUAUGAAACACUCUUACUGGCGUUCGAUGACAUCGGCGGGACUUUUCUGAAUACGAUAAGCGUCUCGACUAAUAUUAUUCUUUCUUGCGUUAUUUUUAUGUCAUCAAUGUUGAAAGUUCUGCAGACCAAAUUUAGGAAAAUGAUGGUUCAAGGAGAAGACGUUAUGAGUAAAUUGAAAAAGUUGGCAAAAGAACACCGACAGCUCAUUAGCUUUGUAGAAGAUUUGAAUGAAUCUAUUAAGUACCUCAUCAUGAUAGAGUAUACAACUAUAUCGCUAAAUAUAGCCUUAGUGACCUUAAGGAUAAUUAAGGAGAAAUCAUACUUAAUGAGAAUUGGUAGAUUAUUUUAUUGUAGCUUCCUGGUUGUAUACAUAUUAGCUUUGGGAUGGAGCUCAAAUGAAAUUAAAAUGCAGAGUAUAGCAAUUGGAGAUGCAAUUUAUGAAAGCUCGUGGUACGAACACGACAAACCAGCACAGAAGAUGUUGCUCGUAAUGAUGAUGCGAUCUCAGAAACCUUUAACCAUGACCAAAGGACCGUUUGACGAGAUGACUCUUCAAUCAUCUUUGAUGGUACUGAAGGCCGCCUACACCUACGUGACUAUAAUGACACAGAAACAAAUAUGAGCACCUCUAGUAAAAUUUCAUAUUACCAACCAUAAUAUAAUAUGCAUCUUAUCACGGAAAUCAACUAAUUACUUGGUGGA